GUUGGACACUUACCAGUCGCGAAAAGUUCUCUCGUCUCUCCCAACAGGUCAUCUUCUUCUUCUUCGUCCAUUACAACUUCCAAUUGCCUGACAGCAACAGAUCUCAUUUUCAAUCCCCCUUUGUGUCUAUGCACAUUCAGCAAGAUACUGUUAAGCUUAACCUACCUUAAUGUAUUGCGAUUUCACGUCGCUCCAUCAAUUCACCUUACCAGAAGAAAGUUUAAAAAGUGAGUUAUGACUUUGUUUCCGGCCUUAACUGAAUUGAGUUUCUGAUUAACAGUCAGAAGAAAGAAAGAGGAAAAGAAAAGGAACAUCAUCAAUCUUCAUGGCUUCGACCAGUAAGACUGAGUAUUUUGAAGAAGACGAAGCUUUAGAAGAGGAGCUGGAACGGUUUGAUGACUUUACACUUGCUUCUUCUUGGGAAAGGUUCAUAUCUGACAUAGAGGCAACUUGUCGGCAGUGGUUGGCUGAUGGUCCAAAAAAUUUGUUGGAAAAGGGUGCAGUUCAGUUGGGUUUCUCAAAGAACAUAUAUAAGGUCAAAUCUGACUUGAAAAAUGUUGCAAAAAACUAUUGCAUGGAAUACUACUUCGAAAUUGACAAUAGUGUUGGUACAGGAAAAACUGCAGACUGGAAUUGCAGUUUGCAUGAUCUGCAGCUUUGCUUUGGGGUGAAGGAUUUUCUGGUGAUUGCUCCCCAAAGUGCCAGUGGUGUGAUUCUUGAUGCACCAGAGGCUAGCAAGCUUCUGAGUGCAGUUGCAAUAGCUUUAUCAAAUUGUUCAAGUUUGUGGCCAGCAUUUGUUCCCGUGCACGAUCCUUCACGAAAUGCAUAUAUUGGCAUACAAAGUAUGGGAACAGUGUUUACUAGAAGGUUUGAGGCAGAUCAUAUUGGUAGCCAGGUCCCAGUAAAACUUAUGCAUUUGGAAGGAUUGUACGAGUUGUUUCUUUCUAAGUUUGCAUACUCGACAUUGGACUUUGCAGUACAUCUUUUUAAAGUCCAUGUUAUGAUGAAGCUAACCUAUCAUACCCUUCCCUAUGAUGAUGAUAAUGUGGAUGAUAUUCAAGAAACUUUUUCUGGAAAUACUGAAUCUGGACAAGAUGGUGACACCCGUCAAAAAAAACAAUGGGAUGAUGACUGUCCUUGGAGCGAGUGGUACUCUGCUGAAGAUCCAGUUAAAGGAUUUGAUUUAAUUGCCACACGGCCGGAGAAGAUGGUGGAAAGCUCUUUAGAGAUGGCUGAACUGGAAAACGCUUCACCUCAUGAGGCUAAGAAGUGGACUCUAAUCCCGCAUCUGUCCCCAAUUUUAACCGAGAGUUCGAAGGGAAACCAAACUGGCUUUGCUUCCCAAUUGCUCCUUUUGGUUGAUGCACUGAAUAUGUCCUUUGAAGCUCAAUUCAUGGAGGAUUUUGUAUCAGUUGAAAAUCCUAGUUCUGAUAAUCUGAAGUCAUCAAUGGUUAUACCCCCGCCAACAGUUCUUGAUCGUGUUCUCAAGGAUCUUUUUCAUGAGGGAAAUAAGCUCCCAGAUUUUUCUAAAAGUGAAAACAAGAGUUCUCGAGCAAUCAAAGGCGCACCACUUGGAUCUCUUUUUGCACAGUUUUGUUUGCAUGCCCUAUGGUUUGGCAACUGCAGUAUACGUGCUAUUGCCGUUCUCUGGUUAGAGUUUGUUCGAGAAGUUCGUUGGUGUUGGGAAGAGUGUCAGUCAUUGCCGAAAAUGCCUUUUGAUGGUUCAAUUGACCUGUCUACUUGUUUGAUUAACCAGAAGCUGCAUAUGCUUGCAAUAUGCAUUGAGAUGAAGCAGGAACUAAAUGAAGAGUUUCAAGAUUGUAUUGGGAGUGAAGAUCACAUAGAAGCACACAGUGAGGAAGACAGUGUAGUUGUCGAGGAUCCUUUCAAUUUGCACCCACCUGAUGAACACUUUGAUGGGAAACGUGACAGACUAACAGCACAAAAUUUGCAUGGGUCUGAAGCAAUUGCAUCAGAGUUUAGUAAGAAGCCUGAAUACAUGGCAUCUGCUGCUGAUCAAAGGCCUUCAGGUUCUAUUAGGAGGGGCUCAGCUGGAGCUGUUGGAUCUAUGAUGCUUCUGAAGUCAUGUCAAAGCUUGCAUGCCCCGUUCACUCAGGAUCCCCCCCUUAUGACAGAAGAUAUGCAUGAAGAACGACUUCAGGCUGUUGAGGCCUUUGGUGAUACAUUUAAUUUUUCUGCUCAGUUGGAGAAGGAUAUCUUGUCAUCAGAUAUGUCAGCAUUUAAAGCAGCGAAUCCAGAUGCUGUUUUUGAGGAUUUUAUUCGGUGGCAUUCACCUGGGGAUUGGAUAAAUGAUGAAAAUGAAGGAAGUAGUCCAUCUAGAAGUCUUGCAAUGGGGAGUUUCAAAGAUAAUUGGCCUCCUAAAGGAAGACUUUCACAACGAAUGGCCGAGAAUGGGAAUAUGUGGCGGAAGAUUUGGAAUGAUGCACCUGCUUUGCCAGCCUAUGAGCAGAAGCCACUUCUGGAUCCAAAUCGAGAAGGGGAAAAGAUUCUUCAUUACUUGGAAACUGUGCGACCACAUCAGCUGCUUGAGCAAAUGGUUUGUACUGCCUUCAGAGCAUCAGCUGACACUCUAAACCGAACUAGUUUUGGGGGCUUGAAGCAAAUGACAGCAAAAUUAGAGCAACUCUACCUUACAAUGAAAUCUGCACUGAGGCCUUUGCAAGUUAAUCAUUUAUCUGGGAACAAUGAGAUUAUUGAAGACUUGAGGCGGUUGUGCAUUGUUUUUGAACAUGUUGAGAAGUUAAUGACUGUUGCAGCUUCUCUUCACCGUAAGUUCCUGCAAGCACCACGUCUUUCUGGAGUAAUUUUUAAUGACUUCUAUGAAUUUUAUCUUCCAAACAUGGGAAUGGGCUCCAAGGAAGUCGAUGUUCAAAGAGAGUUCAACUCUAGGCAGGAAGUAAGGUUUCAUGAGAGAGAGGUAGUCUCAGAUAUGUUCACACCACCAACUGCUAAUCAAUCAUGGAGAAAAGUUUUGAGCAUGGGUAAUCUUCUCAAUGGCCAUGAACCGAUUCUCAGGGAAAUUAUAUUUUUAGUGCGUGAUAGUGUGAGUAGCAAUCACUAUGCAGCAAGCACUCCCAGAGGAAAUCAAGAAGAAAUAGAAACAUACCGGAUGUAUAUUUGCGGAACCUCAAAUGAUCUUCGGGUAGCACUUUCUAUUACCUCAUGUGAUUAGCCUUUUCUCAAUAGAUGUGUAUAUUAUCACUUGUGGUGGAUAAAGGAUUUAAAUUCUGACCAAUUUUCUGAAAGUUACUGGUAUUUAUGGUGAUUUUAUGGCGCAUUUCUAUUGCAUCCUCACUCCAGGCUGCAGCCAUUUGUAAGCACAUUGUGUUCAUUUACCUUUCUCCAGAGUAGAAAUUACAUAAUUGCUUGUUAGAAGAGUA